AUGACGUGGACUCGUUCAGAGGUGAAUUAUGGCAUUUUACAAAGAAUGUGUAUGCAUGCCAUUAAGCAUGGACCAGUUCCAAAACACAUCGCCUUUAUUAUGGAUGGGAAUAGACGGUUUGCUGAUCGUAGAAUGAUGAGAAAGUCUGAUGGUCAUUUACACGGAUUUUCAAAACUUUCUGAGACUUUACAGUGGUGUCGUGAUGUAGGCAUUGAAGAAGUGUCAAUUUUCACUUUUAGCAUAGACAAUUUCAACCGAUCACCAGAAGAAGUUUCAUUCUUAAUGAAUCUGGCAGAAGAGAAACUUUGUGAAUUAUUGAAUAACAAAGAUGAACUGAAAGCGGAUGAUAUUUGUAUACGUGUUAUUGGCAAUUUGACAUUACUUCCAUUGAGGAUUCAGCAUUUAGCAGCACAGUUAAUGCUUGAAACCAGAAAUCAUUCAAGAUCUGAUGAAUUGAUCACUGUAUCACUAGAGUUUUUCGACGAUCGAUGGUCUAAAAAUCGUAAAGUCACCGAUUUGGAUUGGUCAACCAUAUUCCCCGGGCUAUGCCUUGCAGCGUAUAAUUCCAAUGAACAAAAUGCCCAUGAACCAGAGGGUGUAUGUCUCGUAUGGAAUAUCAAGUAUCCAAAGUUAAAGACUCCAGAGCAUAUAUUCCAUUGUCAAUCAGCUGUCACUUCAGCGAGUUUAUCACGUUUUCAUCCAAAUAUUGUCGUGGCUGGAACGUAUUCUGGACAGAUUGUUUUAUGGGAUAGUCGGUGA